GGGCACAGCAUUACUGCAUUACUAUGUUCCUCUUAGUUCGUGAUAUAAUAUGGAUAAUGUUAGGUAAGGUUAUCUAGCACAUAAAAGGUAUACAAACUACGCAAACUACUGGAAUUAUCAACUGAAAUAAUUUUUAGAUCAUGACAGCUGUAAAAGUGCACGGCGGCAUCGAUAUUUUAAGACUACCAGUAAACGAGGAGGAACAUGUUUGCCCUCCAUGGCGUAUCAAGUACACCCAAUCUCACAUACUCCAUUCCAAAUGUUCCAAAAGUGAGGCUGGAUGCAGUGCUGAAAAUGCAAAUGCCUGUCAAUUCUGCAUGUACAGUAAUGCAUUGGAAUUACCACAUAUGCCAGACAUGGUGUUUCCCAAUAACGUAUUAUCUUUGACACAUCAGAAUGGGGCCCUGCUACAGUUUAAUGCUUUGGACGCUUUGAAAUAUGUUUCCAAUGGAAAAAUUAAUGUGCAGCUUGCUUGUGCGGAAAUGUGGAAGGAGUCUAGAUCGGACAGCAGUGAAUAUCUAGAAGAAAAAAUCAAACCGUUUGAUUGGACAUUUACUACUAAUUAUACCGGUACGAUAUCUGGCGUUAAAAUCGAAGAAACAAAUGAAAGAAUUGAUAUGGAUAAAUUAAAACAAAGAGAUAAGAUUAUGUUUUACCACGAUUUAACAUUGUUUGAAGAUGAACUUCAUGACAAUGGCAUUGCAGUGUGUUCAGUCAAAAUUAGAGUCAUGCCCAGCAGUUUUUUUAUACUAUUACGAUAUUUUCUUAGAAUCGAUAAUGUAAUGCUGAGAAUAAAUGAUACACGUAUUUACCAUGAAUUUGGGAAAAAUUAUUUAUUACGUGAAUAUACGUCACGGGAAGCUAAAGUUCAAGAUAUUCGUGUUUCCUCAGCACUCUUCCUAGAACCAAGUGCGAUAGCACCUCAUCUACCAUUAACCGGAAGUCGAUAUCACAAGCUAUUCAUACUUGAGAAAGAAGAAGGUAAAUUAAGUGAAGAUACAACUGCACAAACUAAAGAUAUGACUGGAAAAAAAAUAAUACAAGCUGAUGAACAUACAGCAGACAGUUCCAUCACUUAAGACUUGUGCCAAGGUUUUGAUGUUAUGUAUAUGUUGUACAUUUUUUCGAAGAAUACAAACAAAUAAUAAUUAGAAAUAUAUAUUACACGCAGAUAA